AUGGGGGCCCCGGCCCCGCGCGUCCCCGCGCCCGCGCUCUGCCUGCUCCUCGCUUGCGCCUGGCUGUCCUGGGGUGAGCCGGCUGGGGAAUCCCUGGAGGUGCCUGCUUUAGCCGAAGCACCUGCACCCCCCAGCAACGCAGAGCUGCAGCCUGCUCUAGCCCAGGAUCCCAGCCACAGCCACCCCGAGAGGACCCUGGCCAUAGGGGACGCGGCAACAUUGAUGGGAGGCCAGGAGGCUGAAGCCGUGGACUCCUUGGCCAUGUCUUUCUGGGAAAGGCGGCUCCAUCGUGCCAAAUGUGCACCAUCUUACUUGUUCUCCUGCUUCAACGGGGGCGAGUGUGUGCACCCAGCCUUCUGCGACUGCAGACGCUUCAAUGCCACUGGACCGCGCUGCCAGAUGGUGUACAAUGCUGGCCCUGAGCGGGACAGCAUCUGCCGGGCGUGGGGACAGCACCACGUGGAGACAUUCGAUGGCCUCUACUACUACCUGUCUGGGAAGGGCAGCUACACGCUGGUGGGGCGCCAUGAACCUGAGGGACAGACCUUCUCAGUCCAGGUGCACAACGACCCGCAGUGCGGCUCCUCCCCCUACACCUGCUCCAGGUCUGUCAGCCUCUUCUUUGCGGGUGAGCAGGAGCUCCGUCUGGCCAAGGAGGUCACCCACGGAGGAGUGAGGGUCCAGCUGCCGCAUGUGAUGGGGAGCGUGCACCUGCAGAGGCUUGCUGGCUACGUCCUUGUGCGGUAUCAGUCCGCCUUCACGCUGGCCUGGGAUGGCGCCUCCGCUGUUUAUAUCAAGAUGAGCCCAGAGUUCCUGGGCUGGACCCACGGGCUGUGUGGGAACAACAAUGCUGACCCCCAGGACGACCUGGUGACCAGCUAUGGGAAGCUGACAGACGAUGUGGCUGAGUUUGUGCACAGCUGGCAGGAGCAGGCCCCUAACCAGCCUCCAGGGCCCACAACCUCCUCCCUGCCUCGCCCACCGUGCCUGCAGCAGAGCCUGGGAACCAUGCAGAGUGUGUAUGACCGGUGUGAGGUGCUGCUGAGGCCCCCCUUUGAUGCCUGCCACGCCUACGUCAGCCCUCUGCCCUUCGCGGCCAGCUGUACCAGCGAUCUCUGCCAGUCAGCGGGUGAUGAAGCCACCUGGUGCCGGGCACUGGCCGAGUAUGCCCGGGCGUGUGCCCAGGCGGGGCGGCCCCUGCAGGGCUGGAGGACCCAGCUCCGGCAAUGCACCGUGCACUGCAAGGAGAAGGCCUUCACCUACAACGAGUGCAUCACCUGCUGCCCCUCCUCCUGCCAGCCCAGGGCGGCCUGUGUGGACAGCGAGAUUGCCUGUGUGGAUGGCUGCUACUGCCCCGAUGGGUUGAUCUUCGAGGACGGGGGCUGUGUGGCACCUGCCGAUUGUCCCUGUGAGUUCCACGGGACCCUGUACCCGAUUGGCUCUGUGGUGAAAGAAGACUGCAAUGCCUGCACAUGCACUGCGGGCAAGUGGGUGUGCAGCACAUCUGUCUGCCCAGCCGAGUGUUCGGUGACUGGCGACAUCCACUUCACCACCUUUGACGGCCGCCGGUACACGUUCCCUGCCACGUGUCAGUACAUCCUGGCCAAGAGCCGUUCCUCGGGCACCUUCACAGUGACACUGCAGAACGCCCCGUGUGGCCUGAACCAGGAUGGAGUCUGUGUCCAGUCGGUGUCAGUGAUUCUGCACCAGGACCCACGGAGACAGGUGACCCUGACCCAAGCGGGGGAUGUCCUUCUGUUUGACCAGUACAAGGUCACCCCACCCUACACGGACGACGCCUUUGAGAUCCGGAGGCUGUCCUCCGUGUUCCUGCGGGUGAGGACCAACGUGGGCGUGCGGGUGCUCUACGAUCGAGAAGGCCUGCGGCUCUACCUGCAGGUGGACCAGCGAUGGGUGGAGGACACAGUGGGCCUGUGCGGCACCUUCAACGGCAACACGCAGGACGACUUUUUGUCCCCGGUGGGUGUACCUGAGAGCACCCCACAACUCUUUGGCAAUUCUUGGAAAACGCUGUCUGCCUGCUCCCCGCUGGUCUCUGGCUCCCCCCUGGACCCCUGUGAUAUGCACCUGCAAGCCGUCUCCUACGCGGUGCAGGCCUGCAGCGUGCUCAUGGAGGAGCUGUUUGCGCCCUGCUCCCUGUACCUGAGCCCCGUGCCCUACUUUGAGCAGUGCCGCCGGGACGCCUGCCGCUGCGGGCAGCCCUGCCUGUGUGCCACGCUGGCCCACUAUGCCCACCUGUGCCAGCGCCACGGGCUCCCCGUCGACUUCCGCACCCACCUGCCAGCCUGUGCACUGUCCUGUGAGGCCACCAAGGAGUACAGCCCCUGUGUGGCCCUGUGUGGACAAACCUGCCAGGACCUGGCUGGCCCUGAGGCCUGUGGCGGUGACCUCAGCGAGGACGAGUGUGUGGAGGGCUGUGCCUGCCCACUGGACACCUACCUGGACACCCAGGCUGACCUCUGUGUUCCCAGGAACCAGUGCUCCUGCCACUUCCAAGGCGUGGACUAUCCCCCGGGAGACAGCGACGUUCCGUCUCUGGGCCACUGCCACUGCAAAGAUGGGGUCAUGAGCUGUGACAGCCGAGCCCCAGCCGCUGCCUGCCCAGCGGGCCAGGUCUUCGUGAACUGCAGUGACCUGCACACCGACCCCGAGCUGAGCAGAGAGAGGACGUGCGAGCAGCAGCUGCUGAACCUGAGCGUGCCUGCCCGGGGCCCCUGCCUCUCAGGCUGCGCCUGUCCCCAAGGCCUCCUCAGACACGGGGAUGCAUGUUUCCUGCCAGAGGAGUGCCCUUGCACUUGGAAGGGGAAGGAGUAUUUCCCGGGGGACCAGGUCAUGUCUCCCUGCCACACCUGCGUGUGCCAGCAAGGCUCCUUCCAGUGUGCCCUCCAUCCCUGUGCCGCCACCUGCACGGCCUAUGGCGACCGGCAUUACCGCACGUUUGACGGGCUCCCGUUUGACUUCGUGGGCGCAUGCAAGGUGCACCUGGUCAAGAGCACAUCAAACGUCAGCUUCUCUGUGAUUGUAGAAAAUGUAAACUGCUACAGCUCUGGCAUCAUCUGCAGGAAAUUUAUUUCCAUCAACGUUGGGAACUCACUCAUCAUCUUUGAUGACGACUCAGGAAAUCCCAGUCCCGAGAGCUUCCUGGACGAGAAGCAAGAGGUCCACACGUGGCGAGCAGGGUUUUUCACGCUGGUGCAUUUCCCACGGGAGCAAAUCACCCUCUUAUGGGACCAGAGGACCACGGUGCACAUCCAGGCUGGGCCACAGUGGCAGGGCCAGCUGGCGGGGCUCUGUGGGAACUUUGACUUAAAAACCAUCAAUGAGAUGAGGACCCCGGAGAACUUAGAGUUAACGAACCCCCAGGAAUUUGGCAGCAGCUGGGCUGCAGUUGAGUGCCCAGACACCCUCGAUGCCCGGGACACGUGUGUCCUGAAUCCUCUCCGAGAACCGUUUGCCAAGAAGGAGUGCAGCAUCCUGCUCAGUGAGGUGUUUGAGACCUGCCACCCUGUGGUUGAUGUCACUUGGUUUUACUCAAACUGCCUGACGGACACCUGUGGGUGUAGCCGGGGCGGUGACUGUGAGUGCUUCUGUGCCAGCGUGUCCGCCUAUGCCCACCAGUGCUGCCAGCACGGGGUGGCCAUCGACUGGCGGACCCCACGUCUCUGCCCAUACGACUGUGACUUCUUUAACAAAGCACUAGGGAAGGGCCCCUACCAGCUGGCCAGCCAGGGGGUCGGUGGUGCCCGUGUGGCCAUGAAGGCGGCAGGCGGUGCCGUAGUCCUAGUGAGCGCAGAGGAGGUGGCCCCGGGGGACAUCGUGAACUUCCUGCUGACGGCUGCCCUGGACAAGGCCAAGGCCCACGAUCCGGAUGUGGUGUCCCUGGAGGCAGCGGACAGACCCAACUUCUUCCUCCACGUCACAGCCAAUGGGUCUCUGGGACUGGCCAAGUGGCAGGGCAGCGAUGCCUUCCACCACCACGCCUCCUUCUCACUGCACCAGGGGACCUGGCGGGCAGGCCUGGUGGCCCUGGAGUCCCUGGCGGAGCCUGGCUCUUUCCUUUACGUGUCAGGCCCCACGCUGGCCCUGCGGCCAUAUGAACACUCGGAGGUCUUCCGCCGGGGCACACUCUUCCGCCUUCUGGAUGCCAAGCCAUCAGGGGCUGCCUACCCCAUCUGUGAGUGGCGCUACGAUGCCUGUGCUAGCCCCUGCUUCCAAACCUGCCGGGACCCCAGGGCAGCCAGCUGCCAGGAUGUGCCCAGGGUGGAAGGCUGUGUGCCUGCAUGCCCCACCCCCAAGGUCCUGGAUGAAGUCACACAGAGAUGCGUCUACGUGGAGGACUGUGUGGAGCCUGCAGUUCUGGUUCCCACGGAGGCCCGUGGCAAUGAGACCCUGCCUCCGAGUCAAGAGCUGCCCACCCCCAGGGACCAGGAGCUACAGUUCCCACAGGACACUCCCGGGGCCCCCUCCCAUAGGCCAGCAUUCACCCCAGCUGCCCCACUCACCACGGCCCUGAACCCAUCCCUGGCAGCCACUGAGGGGCCAACGCUGUCUCCAGCCUCCACCCAGGAGCCCCUGGGGGUCACUGCAUCUAACCUCCCUGCUCCUGCCACAGGGGCCCCGGCCAGCAAGGGAGUGACCGCCAGCCUCCCAACCACCCCUCAUGCCCCAAGGUCCUCAUCCCUCCCCCACUUGCGGCAGAUGUCCACACCUGGCAUGGGGUUGGGUGCCAUGGAGACGACCAGGGUAACCGUGACCUUUGCAGGGAGCCCCAACAUUACAGUCUCCUCCCAGUCACCCCCUGCACCUCGCUUCCCACUCAUGACCAAAGCGGUGACGGUCCCAGGCCCUGGCUCCUUGCCUGUUAGGACGACACCCCUGCAGGCCUUGCCGAGCCUGGGCUCGCCUGCAGGUCCCUCCUCCAGGCCGGUGGCUUCCCCUGCAGUGACCUCCAGGCCCCCCACUUCCUCAGAGUCCCACGAGACUUGGCUGACACCUGCAGUAACGAAGGUCACGAACAGGACAGAGAUCCCCCAGCCCGAACAGACCCAGCCCCUUCCCAGUCCCAGCAGCCCCCCAGCCAAGCCUGGGGCAGCAGCAGAACAGGCUCCUGUCAGUCCUGUGGCGACCCAGGGAGUGGAGAGGGUGCCACCCACAGAGAAGGUCCACCUGGGCCCAGGCCAGCUCACGGGCCUGCUGCCAUCCCCACUUCCCACUGCCCCACCCCAGCCCUCCGGGCACACCACCACAGCCACCAGGCCUCCAGCGCCACCCCCAGGCACUCUGGCUGCCACCGGCCUGCCCACAGUUGCCCAUGGGCUGGGGGCCACACCCUUCGUAUCUCUAGAGUCAACUCGGCCCCCCCAGCUCCUCUCUGGCCUACCCCCUGACACCAGCCUACCCCUGGCCAAGGUGGGCACAUCUGCCCCAGUGGCCACUCUUGGUCCCGAGGGCCCUGUCAUCACCCCUCCCCUCCAGCAACAGGCCACCUCUCUCGCCAUGGCCACCACUCCAUCCGCUCGGCCCCUCAGCCCUGCACUGCCUCUCACCCCAGCUGUGGUGGCCCAGGUGCACCCACCCAGUCACACAACCCCUCCGGCAGCAGGCACAGUCCCAGGCCCGCUUCUGGGAGCCACAUUGCCGACCUCUGGAGUGGCGACUGUGGCUGAGGGGGUGGCCUCCACAGUGUCUGCUGCCCCACGGAAGAGCACCACGGAGAAGACGGCCAUCCUGUCCAAGCAGGUGUCUCUGCCCACCUUGGUACAUGGCUCUGCCCAGGAGGGGCCCACAGCGCUCACGCCUGCUGUGGCCCACACUCUUGCUACCUUGGUGACCGAGGCCAAGGAUCCCUGGGCCGGCACAGUGCCGCUGAUGCCCACAUCCCAUCCCCUGAGCCCUGUCUCGGCCAGGACCGCCUCCCGAGAGAGCUCACUGGUUCUGCUCCCUCAACUCCCCGAGGCCCAUGGAACCUCAGCAGGACCUCGGCCCCCCGCAGGGCCAGUGGGAGAGGCCACCACGGAGCAGUCCGGGCGCUCGGCCCCAGUCCAGAGCAUCUCCGAGGGUUCAGCCGUGGCCUUGGCAACCACCACUGAGGCCAACGCAUCCGCCAUGUGUGUCCCAAUCGCGGAGGAGGACUGCGUCCGCCACAUCUGCCUGGAGGGCCAGCUGAUCCGGUUGAACCUGACUCAGCACUGUCCCCAGGGUGCUGCACCCCUUCACUGUGGGGUCCUGGGCCUCUCAGUGAGAGUGGGCGGGGACCGCUGCUGCCCGCUCUGGGAAUGUGCCUGCCGAUGUUCCAUAUUCCCCGAUCUGAGCUUUGUGACCUUUGAUGGGAGCCACGCAGCCCUGUUCAAGGAGGCCAUCUACACCCUCAGCCAGAGCCCAGACGAAAUGGUCACCGUCCACGUCCUGGACUGCAAAAGCGCCAACCUGGGGCACCUGAACUGGCCCCCGUUUUGUCUGGUGAUGCUGAAUGUGACUCACCUGGCCCAUCAGGUCACCAUUGAUCGCUUCAACCGGAAGGUGACAGUGGACUCGCAGCCUGUGUCGCCCCCCGUGAGCAGGUAUGGGUUCAGAAUUGAGGACACAGGCCACAUGUAUGUAAUCCGGACGCCGUCACACAUCCUGAUCCAGUGGCUCCACAGCUCAGGACUCAUGAUCCUGGAGGCCAGCAAAGCCAGCGAGGCCCAGGGCCGUGGCCUGUGCGGUAUCUGUGAUGGGGACGCAGACAAUGACCUCACCCUGGAGGAUGGUUCUGUGGUGGGUGAGGACGAGGACCCUGCUCCCUUUCUGGACAGCUGGCAGGUGCCCAGUUCCCUGACCUCCGUGGGCCAGACCCGCUUCCGCCCAGACAGCUGUGCCACGGCUGACUGCUCCCCCUGCAUUCGCAUGGUGUCCAACCGCACCUUCAGUGCCUGCCACAGCUUUGUCUCUCCAGAGUCGUUCUGUGAGCUGUGGAUCCGGGACACCAAGUACGUGCAGCAGCCCUGCGUGGCACUGACCGUGUACGUGGCUAUGUGCCACAAGUUCCACGUGUGUAUCGAGUGGCGGCGCUCUGACUACUGCCCCUUCCUGUGCUCCAGCGACUCCACGUACCAGGCCUGUGUGGCGGCCUGUGAGCCCCCCGAGUCGUGCCAGGAUGGGAUGCUGGGCCCGCUGGACCCGGAGCAGUGCCAGGUGCUGGGCGAGGGCUGCGUCUGCUCUGAAGGCACCAUCUUGCACCGCCGCCACUCGGCGCUCUGCAUCCCUGAGGAGAAGUGCGCCUGCACGGACAGCACGGGGGUGCCGCGGGCCCUGGGGGAGACCUGGAACAGCUCCCUCAGCGGAUGCUGCCAACACCAGUGCCAAGCUCAGGACACCAUCGUCCCAGUGGACCUGGACUGCCCGGGCCCCCGCCCUGAGACCUGUCCCCGCUUUGGGGAGGUGGCCCUGCUCCGGCCCACGGAGGAUCCGUGCUGCCUGGGGGCUGUUUGUGUGUGUAACCAGACCCUAUGUGAGGGCCUUGCCCCCACCUGCCGCCCAGGCCACCGACUCAUCACCCACUUCCAGGAGGAAUCCUGCUGCCCCAGCUACAGCUGUGAGUGUGACCCAGACCAGUGUGAGGCCGAGGUGAUCCCCAGCUGCCGCCAGGACCAGAUCCUGAUCACCGGCCGCCUGGGGGAUUCGUGCUGCACCUACUACUUCUGCACCUGUGGCGACUGUCCAGAUCCGAUCCCCGAGUGUCAGGAGGGGGAGGCGCUCACUGUGGACAGCAACACCACGGAGCUCUGCUGCCCUCUGUACCAGUGCGUGUGUGAGAACUUCCGCUGCCCCCACGUGCAGUGUGGCAUGGGCACUGCCCUGGUGGAGGUGUGGAGCCCAGACCGCUGCUGCCCCUACAAGUCCUGCGAGUGUGACUGCGACACAAUCCCAGUGCCCCGGUGCCAUCUGUGGGAGAAGUCCCAGCUGGACGAGGAGUUCAUGCACAGCGAGGAGAACGUGUGUGGCUGCGCCAAAUACGAGUGCGUGAAGGCUGCCGUAUGUCUGAGCCGAGAGCUGGGGGUGAUGCAGCCGGGCCAGACGGUGGUGGAGCUCUCCGCCGAUGGCGUGUGCCACACCUCCCGCUGCACUGACCUGCUGGACCCUCUCACCGGCUUCUACCAGAUCAACACCACCUCUGUGCUGUGUGAUGUCCACUGCGAGGCGAACCAGGAGUAUGAACACCCGCGGGACCUGGCGGCCUGCUGCGGCUCCUGCAGGAACGUGUCCUGCCUCUUCACUUUCCCCAACGGCACCACCUCCCUGUUCUUGCCCGGGGCAUCCUGGAUUGCAGAGUGCGCCCGCCACCACUGCAGCAGCACCCCCCUGGGCGCCGUGCUCGUCCGCUCGCCCAUCAGCUGCCCGCCGCUCAAUGAGACUGAGUGUGCCAAGGUUGGGGGCUCGGUGGUCCCUUCCCUGGAAGGAUGCUGCAGGACAUGUAAAGAGGAUGGGCGCUCCUGCAAGAAAGUGACCAUCCGCAUGACCAUCCGCAAGAAUGAAUGCAGGAGCAACACCCCUGUGAACCUCGUGUCCUGUGAUGGGAGGUGCCCAUCCGCCAGCAUCUACAACUACAACAUCAACACCUAUGCCCGCUUCUGCAAGUGCUGCCGAGAGGUGGGCCUGCAGCGGCGCUCCGUGCAGCUCUUCUGUGCCACCAACGCCACCUGGGUGCCCUACACCGUGCAGGAGCCCACUGACUGUGCCUGCCAGUGGUCCUGA